AUCUGUCAUAUCUAAACGAUGGCCGGACUAAAUUGGAUAACUUUGCUGCAACUUGUAACUAUUUUUGGUGCCUUUCCAUUAGCCGAACUCAAAGUGACAUCCGAUUGGUUAAGGCAGCGAUUCUUAAAAGCUUUUUCGAGUGCUGGAUCUGUUGUUAAAGUCGGUUCAAUGAGCUUGGAGAAUCUUGGUGCAGCUAUAUCUAAUAUGAGUAACAUACCAAAAGGCAUGGCUCAAACUAUCAACGAUCUAUUCGGCGCAGCUCAAACUGAAACUGAUUCCGAUCCAUAGUGUUCCAAGGAAGGAUCAUGUAUCAAUGUGAUG